CUUGCCUGGCUUUGCUUGCCUUGCCUGGCCCAGUGGUGCAGUUGCGGAGCGGCGAGGAAGAGGAGGAGGAGGAGGAGGAUGCGGGGCUCUGCGGGGCUUCGGCUCUGGCCAUGAAGUUUCAGCCUUAAGCCACGCGGAGCUCUCCGGUCCAGGCAUCUUCCCCAGAGGCGAUCGGGACCCUCCUCAGCCCUGCCAGAAGCAGCCCCCCGCCCCAUGAGCCCUCCGGAGCCAAAGGGCUGAAGGAAGCAGGGCUUUUCUCCCCAUUCCACUCCAGAGAUCGGAGCCACCGCCGUCAUCUCCUCCUGUUUCCCCUCCUCUUGCGCCCGAUCCAAUGCCUCUCUGGCCGGGAUCAACCUAAGCAGGGAUCGCGAAGGGAGAGCCUGAAGGGGAGACCGAGGGAAAGGAAGGGAAGGGCAGAAAAUGGGGAGCCCCCAACCCGCCAUGCCCCCGACUCUCCUCUUGGUGCUGGGGGGGCUCCUGGGAGAGGCGAGGGGAGGCUUCCCCAACACCAUCAGUAUAGGAGGACUUUUCAUGAGAAACACAGUCCAGGAGCACAGCGCUUUCCGUUUUGCUGUACAGUUAUACAACACGAACCAAAAUUUUACAGAAAAACCUUUCCACUUGAACUACCACGUUGACCACCUGGAUUCGUCCAACAGUUUUUCCGUAACAAAUGCAUUCUGUUCACAGUUUUCCAGGGGAGUCUAUGCCAUCUUUGGAUUCUAUGACCAGAUGUCGAUGAACACCCUGACGUCUUUCUGCGGGGCACUGCACACCUCUUUCAUCACCCCCAGCUUCCCAACAGAUGCUGAUGUGCAAUUUGUCAUUCAAAUGCGGCCAGCCCUGAAAGGAGCCAUCUUGAGCCUUCUGACCUAUUACAACUGGGAGAAGUUUGUAUACCUCUAUGACACAGAAAGAGGAUUUUCCAUUCUUCAGGCAAUUAUGGAAGCCGCCGUUCAAAAUAAUUGGCAAGUGACAGCACGAUCUAUGGGAAGCAUAAAGGACAUUCAGGAGUUUAAGGCAAUCAUUGAGGAAAUGGACAAGCGUCAGGAAAAAAGAUAUUUGAUAGACUGUGAAGUAGAAAGAAUAAACACCAUUUUGGAACAGGUUGCAAUCCUCAAUAAAAAUUCCAGAAGUUACCACUACAUGCUUGCAAACCUGGGUUUUACAGGUAUUUCACUGGACAAAGUGGUUCAAGGAGGUGCCAAUGUAACUGGAUUUCAGAUUAUUAAUACUGAAAACCCAAUGGUCCAGCAAUUUAUGCAGCGAUGGGUGAGACUUGACGAAAGGGAAUUCCCAGAAGCUAAAAAUUCUCCACUAAAGUACACAUCUGCAUUGACCCAUGAUGCCAUACUAGUGAUAGCUGAAGCUUUCCGGUAUCUACGAAGGCAACGCGUUGAUGUCUCCCGGAGAGGUAGUGCUGGAGAUUGCUUAGCAAACCCAGCCGUGCCAUGGAGCCAAGGAAUUGAUAUAGAAAGAGCACUAAAAAUGGUUCAAGUGCAAGGAAUGACAGGCAACAUCCAAUUUGACACCUACGGUCGUAGAACUAACUAUACAAUCGAUGUAUAUGAGAUGAGACCUGGCGGGCCACGGAAGGCUGGUUACUGGAAUGAAUAUGAGAGAUUUGUGCCUGCGGUAGACCCCUCAGUCUCCAAUGAUACUUCUUCGGUUGAAAACAGAACCAUUGUGGUCACUACCAUCCUUGAAGCACCCUAUGUGAUGCGCAAGCAGAGUCCUGAUCAAAAAGAAGGGAAUGAGAAAUACGAAGGCUAUUGUGUUGACCUUGCUUACGAAAUAGCAAAACAUGUUGGGAUCAAAUAUGUGCUGUCCAUUGUUCCUGAUGGGAAGUAUGGGGCAAGGGAUCCUGAUACUAAAAUGUGGAAUGGCAUGGUGGGUGAGCUGGUCUAUGGGAGAGCAGACAUAGCUGUUGCCCCACUGACAAUAACCUUGGUCCGCGAAGAAGUCAUUGACUUUUCCAAGCCCUUUAUGAGUUUGGGCAUCUCUAUCAUGAUCAAGAAGCCCCAGAAAUCUAAACCAGGUGUCUUCUCCUUCCUGGACCCUUUGGCCUAUGAAAUUUGGAUGUGUAUAGUCUUUGCUUACAUUGGCGUCAGCGUGGUUCUGUUCCUAGUCAGCAGAUUCAGCCCUUACGAGUGGCAUUUGGAAGACAACCAAGAAGAGCCACGAGACCCUCAAAAUCCUCCUGACCCUCCAAAUGAGUUUGGAAUAUUUAACAGCCUUUGGUUUUCCCUGGGUGCCUUUAUGCAGCAAGGAUGCGAUAUUUCUCCAAGAUCUCUCUCAGGGCGAAUUGUCGGAGGUGUCUGGUGGUUCUUCACUCUCAUCAUUAUCUCUUCCUAUACUGCCAACCUUGCGGCUUUCCUCACAGUGGAAAGGAUGGUGUCACCCAUAGAAAGUGCUGAGGACCUGGCUAAGCAGACUGAAAUAGCCUAUGGAACUUUGGAUUCAGGAUCAACCAAAGAAUUUUUUAGAAGAUCCAAAAUAGCUGUCUAUGAGAAAAUGUGGUCAUAUAUGAAGUCGGCAGAACCAUCGGUAUUUGCCAAAACCACAGCAGACGGAGUGGCACGCGUGAGGAAAUCAAAGGGGAAGUUUGCCUUCCUGCUCGAAUCGACCAUGAAUGAGUACAUUGAACAACGAAAGCCCUGUGACACAAUGAAAGUUGGUGGGAACCUGGAUUCCAAAGGCUAUGGUGUAGCAACUCCCAAAGGCUCAGCAUUAAGAAAUGCUGUUAACCUGGCAGUAUUAAAACUGAAUGAGCAAGGCCUCUUGGACAAAUUGAAAAACAAAUGGUGGUACGACAAAGGAGAGUGCGGCAGCGGGGGCGGUGACUCCAAGGACAAGACGAGCGCCCUAAGCCUGAGCAAUGUUGCGGGGGUUUUCUAUAUCCUUGUCGGCGGUCUUGGCCUAGCCAUGACGGUGGCCUUGAUAGAGUUUUGUUACAAGUCUCGAGCUGAGUCCAAACGAAUGAAACUCACAAAGAACACACAAAACUUUAAGCCUGCUCCUCCACCCAAUACCCAGAAUUACGCCACGUACAGAGAAGGCUACAACGUGUACGGAACAGAAAGUGUUAAGAUCUAGUGGUACGGCUGAAGGUCUAAUCCCGCACUUAACAAUGGCAUGCAAAGGGAGGAACAACCAAGAUCCCAGCUACUUCAGCGAUCCUGACCACCUGAGCCAAUUCUACUCCCUCCUGGGUGUCGGACCUGACACAUUCAAGAUGACGAUGGUGCAAUGAACUUUUCAUAGGAUUUUUUGUUUCCUUCAGUGCCUUAUGGGAGAUUCUUAAGACUCAAAAACAAUGCAAACCAUCAAAAAUAUUCUUGCUUUGCUUGAAAACAAAACAACGAUGACGAGAAAGUGGGACUGAUAACAAGACAGUAUUCUAAUACACACAGAGAGAAAAGAGAGAAGUACUCUUGUAAAGAUAAUUUUAACAAAAACGUCAACAGAAGCCAUUCUUUGAUACCACUGCACAGUAUAUGGACACAAUUCUUUUGAAACAGAAACAAAUGGUUUUCAAGUGCCCCUUUCCCUCAUUGGUAAAACAGUCAGCUGUUCUUGAUAUUAUGCCUCAGAAUACUACAGCUUCUAUUUCUAGAACAGCUUGUUGCCUAAUUCUGUGUUUUACAAUCCUGUGACUUGGUUUCCUUCGUCCCUUCCUAGCGAUGAGGAGUCUCCUUUGCUACUCUAGCUCCUGCCUCACAUUUUAAGAAAACGCAUAUAUCAACUCCAACAGCUGAAUGUAACAUACAAAAAAGAAGAGAGGGAGGGAGGGAUAUGUGUCUACAGAUUAAAAUAAAAUACUACAUGUCAGAAGAUCAUGCAUUAAGCUGUCAGGGAAGGACAUGGUGCAUCUAAUGAAGAAGAGCCUGCACAGAGAAUAGCACACAAGGCAGGCCAGGAUUUAUACCCAUUUUCCUCUAUCAUCUGCAAGUAUGUUGUUUUUGCAAAAAGAAAUGCCUACCAUAAGAUAUUUAAUUGAGCAGAACAAACAUUCUCUGUUGGGUUCCCUGCCAUAUAUCUAGGGAUGUGCUCUCGUAAUAUGUUUUUUAAGAGAUCAGCAUUUAAUAUCGAAUGCUAAAAGCAAGAGAAUUGGAAGGGAAAGCAUCAUAUACUGUAAAGCAUCCCUCUCCGUCAAACUGUAUCAGAAUCCCCACCUCUUCGAAAUUUCUCCUUUCCUUUUCCUCUUUUCUGUAAGUUGAAAAAGAAAAAAUAAUAAUCUAGCACUGUGCUCUGACGAAGCUUUGUGGCUUGCAGCCUGGCUUUGUAAAAGUAAAAACAGGACGGUACCUCAAAUGCGACCAAGUCAGUCCGCUCUAGCAUUACUCUUGCUGGUAGUUCUUGUAUUCUCUCAGCUGCUGUUGAUCAUCAUUUCAUAACUACUUAUCAAAAAAAUAAAAAAUAAAAUAAGGAUACUUAGGGAUCAUCUUUAGUUUCAUAAAGAAUAUAACGCAUUCCAAAAUUCGCCUGUUAAGAAAGAAACUCUGUGUUACUGCCUUACAGCUUUUCAGAUGUAGGAUGUGUUCCUCUACUGGAAAUCUACUUAAGUUGAAGGAAUCAGAGUAUUUAUUGGAGGAAAUCCCCAAUUGGAAUUGUUGGCAUUUCUUAGUUAAAUAGAUCUCAGAUGGGGAAAGAUUUCGGAGCCUGGAAUCUGAGAGAGCAGCUGCCAGUCAAAGCUAGAUAAGAUAAGCUAGUUGGACCAAUGGUCUGAAUCUAUAAGGUAGCUUCCUACAUCCAUAGCUGCAUAUUUUUAAUAUUUAAAAAAAAUUCCAUCAUCAUUUAUCAAAUAGCUUAAAAAAUACAAAAUAAAGGAAUCAUCUGCAUACUAAUUACCUCUAAUAUGACAAUAUGUGCAAUUUGGUAGUUCAGCAAGGUUUCAUUUCUUAAAUAACAUACUGGAUAUUAAAACAAAAUUUGGGGGGAAAAGAUAAUAAUAUAUUUUUUUUUCUUUAAAAUUAAAAAAAGAAGAAAAUGUUUGAAAGAGGUCAUUGACAAUAUAUUUGAUAGCUCAUUAAAACUAAACAUAUAAAGGUCACUGAUGAUAUAUUUGAUAGUUCAUUAAAUCAAGGAAUAUAGAAUAGGAAUAAAAAGGAAAGAAUUACAGACAUACUACAUUUUCACAAAAUGUAACAUAAAAAAGAAAAAAUAUCCUGUAGAACAAGUUGCUGCUCAUGUUUUUACAGAGACGUCAAGCAAAAAGAAACGUUCUUUUUCCUGAAACUGUGAUUUUAAAUUUCUGAAUGCUACAAUAUUUCAGCAGAAGGAAAUGUGAAGCUGUGCAAAAUAUGUUGUAUUUAAGUUAAAAAAAAAAAGGGGGGGGGGAGAAACAUUUUCUUAGAAACUGUAUAAAAAGAAAUGUAUGUUUAUCAAAUGAAAAAUAAUUUUUCAGAGUGAAGGCAUCAAGCCAGUGAAGGGUUUGGUAAAAUGGGUUAUUUUUUAAAAUGUGCAUGUUAAUUUAAAAAAAAAUGUCAAUUGCUUUGGAAAAAACCAAUCCUGCUCCUAACUCCAGGCUAUGGAAGUAUAGCAGUAACAAUUUAA